UUUCCAUCCUCUCCUCUUCUACUCUCUCGUACAAUUUCCAACUUAAAAAGUGUCAACUCCCGCCUUCCCAGUUCCCAGACUGACAGACUCGCUCUCUCUCUCUCUCUUGCUGCUAUGGCUUCAAAUACAGUUUAUGCUUCAGGCCGUAAUGGCGUCGAUCUCUGGUCAGAGAUCAUAGCUUCCGAACAACAACAACAACAGUCACAUGUUGAAGUGUUUUACAGAAGAAGAAAAGCCUCAAAAACCCCUUCAGAUGUUGUUCCUCCGAAGCAAUUGGGCUCGGAAGGUGAUGGGAUUCAUCAUAGGCUGAGCUUGGUUCCCCCUGCUCAGACGAAACGUAUCAGUUGGAAUCGUUCACUCUCUACCAGAGGUCGGACUAGUAUUGCCGUUGGCACUUGCAUUAAUCACCAGCCUCAACUUAAGAAGGCCAAGAGAAAGGGAAAGCCUCCUCGACCCAAAGGAAAACAUUUCCAACCUCCAAAUUUUGAGAUGGAGAGGGUGUAUUUUGAAGAGGUUGAUGCCUUCGAACUAUUGGAGGAGAGCCCCUCUCCCAAGAACUUUGGCACAUGGGCUGGGGUCAACCAGACUGAUAGUGUUGCAUUAACACAUUUGUCCACAAGACUAAACAAGUGGUUAAUCUGUAAGAAUUUGAACUACUCCUGUGGACCUUCCAGCACGCUGUCGAAGAUUCUAGGAACUCCAUCUAUUACAUUGGGGCCUCUAGAUUGUGAUAACCUUGACUCUGAGAAAAUGAAAACUCCUGAAAAAUCUUCUGCCAAAGCCUGUUCUCGUUUGCCUCAUGCCGAGACCACAUCCAAAUCAUACAAGGUUGAGGAUGUGGGCAAUGAGGGUUCUGAAGAAUUAGAAGCUUCAGUUAAAAAACUGUCACUUGCAUCAACUUCUUCAUCAGAUGCUGUGCAGUUUAAUCCAUUUGCUACACUGUUAGCAGUAUGUGAACAGUCAGUUCCUUUUAAGUUUCAGGACGUUUUCUCUAAAUAUUGUGAUCCACAGGAGAUCAUUAAAAUUGGAGAAGGGACGUUUGGAGAAGCUUUUAUGGCUGGAAGUUAUGUCUGCAAAAUAGUUCCUAUAGAUGGAGACUUCAGAGUUAAUGGAGAAGUGCAAAAGCGAUCAGAAGAACUGCUUGAGGAGGUUGUACUUUCCCGAACUCUUAAUUGUUUAAGACAACACCAGGAAGAUGCUCGUAAUGUGUGCAGCACUUUUAUUGGAACAAUAGAUUUAAAGGUAUGCCAGGGUUCAUAUGAUGCUACUAUGAUCAAGGCGUGGGAAGAAUGGGAUGAAAAUAAUGGUUCAGAAAAUGAUCAUCCGAAUGAAUUUCCUGAUAAACAGCGUUAUGUCAUGUUUGUCCUAGAACAUGGUGGUAAGGAUCUUGAGAACUUUGUACUUCUAAACUUCAACGAGGCAUUGACUUUCCUGGUUCAGGUUACAGCUGCCCUUGCAGUGGCUGAAGCUGCAUAUGAAUUCGAACACCGGGAUAUGCACUGGGGAAAUGUCCUUUUAAGUAGGAAUGAUUCUGCAACUGUGCAGUUCAUUCUUGAGGGGAAGAAAAUGUCUGUGAAGACAUUUGGAUUAUCGGUUUCAAUAAUCGACUUUACCCUUUCAAGAAUAAAUACUGGCGAAGACAUACUUUUUCUGGACCUAUCCUCAGAUCCCUAUCUUUUUAAAGGCCCCAAAGGAGAUAAGCAAUCAGAAACUUACCGGAAGAUGAAGGAGCUAACAGAAGAUUGCUGGGAGGGAAGCUUCCCUAAAACAAAUGUGCUGUGGCUGCAAUACUUGGUGGAUAUAUUACUCCUGAAGAAAUCAUUUGAACGUACCUCAAAGAACGAGAGAGAUUUGCGCUCUUUGAAGAAGCGUCUAGAAAAGUAUUGUUCUGCCAAAGAAGCUAUUUUUGAUCCAUUUUUCAGUGACUUAUUGGUUGAACAUGUACAAAUUAUUGAGUUGGAUGACUAAGCUGCCUGCACAAGAAAAGAAAAGAAAAGAAAAUAUGGUUUUUUUGCAUUGUAUAUCAUCAACAGAAAGACUUGGCACCUUUUUUUUUUCUUUCUUCUGUCUAAAAGUUAUUCUCAAAACACGCUGAUAAUUGUCAUGGUAAUUAUUACACGUCAUUCUAUGGAACAAGUAUUUGGAUAUCGAUGAGAAUUGUUGAUUAUGGUA